GAGAGCCAGUUUCUGGUUCGACGUAUGGACGCCCCUCGGUCAGUUAAUCGAACAUAUGGGUAGUGCUGGGCCAAGAUCUCUGAGGAUAAGGAAGAAUGCUGUGGUGGCUGACGCAAUAAAUGACUCUGUUUGGUCGCUGCCGCACCCAAGAUCCCAAAAGGAAGUUGAACUCCAUACUUAUCUUACUACUAUUAGUUUGCCUCUUCCUGUUGAUGUGAAUGAUGAUUAUGAAUGGAUAGCUGGUGAUUCUCCGUUACAUUCUUUCAGGUCGUCAACCACAUGGGAGGUGCUGCGGCCGCGGGAAGAGCUUAAAGAUUGGGUAGAUGUCGUUUGGUUCAAAGGAGGAAUCCCAAAGCACGCAUUCACCAUGUGGGUAGCUAACUAUGACAGGCUACCCACCCGUUCUCGACUUGCAGCGUGGGGGAUUUCAAUCUCGCCUGCAUGUCCUUUCUGCUCAGGAUAUGACGAAACUAGAGACCACUUAAUGCUGUCCUGCGUUUACAGUAUUGAUGUUUGGCGAGAAGUGCUUCUCAGAUGUCAGCCACCGCCAACAAUGUUUACCACAUGGUCUGAACUCCUCUCCUGGAUCCGGUCCUCACCUUCAAACAGGCUAACCCUCUUGAGGAAACUAGCGGUUCAAACAGUCAUUUUCACCCUAUGGAAACAAAGGAAUAACUUAGUCCACAAUCAAACAUCGAUCCCUGCUGCUACCGUGUUCCAUAGUGUUGACAAACAGCUGAGAAAUAUCAUCUCAGCAAGGAGGAAAAGAAAAUCUUUCAAAGCCCUCAUGGCGAUGUGGCUGCGAUAGGUUUCUUUUGGUUUUAUAAGUGAUCCAUCUUAUUUUUAUUUCUUUUUGCCAAGAUGG